GUUUAUAGAAGUAAAAUGCGAUUUGCAGAAGCAGAAAUUUUGAGAAUAUUGAUCCUCAUUUUGCAUAAGAAAAUUCAGGUACAUUUCAUGCCGUGUCGGUGUCAGCAAGGUACACCAAAAGUAGUAAACAGGGUGGCAAAAAAGAGGAGGAUUUAGCAAUUUGUUGAUUUUUCUUUCUUUCUUGUCAACUUCAAAACCCCAUCGGCUCUCUUUCAAGAUUCCCCUUUCUUUCGCUAUUAACGCCUCUCUCUGAGUUCUUGUUGAUAUUUCCAAAGACCCCAUUUUUAACACUGCUCACAAUAUGGCUGAUGAAUCCAUUUCAGAUAUUCACAAGAUUGGACACUUUCUGCUAAAAAGAAAGAAAAAUGCAUUGAUCUAAUUCUGAACUACUUGUAUAGUUUAUGAAAACAAGGAUUUAUACAGUUUGGUUAAUGCACGCCCAAAGUGAAAGCUGGCAAUUUAAAAGACCUUUCUUUGAAUAGAAAUGGUGCGGUGUCAAAGAAGUCUCAUUUAGUUGUUUGCUUUGGAGAGAUGCUCAUUGACUUCAUCCCAACUGUUGCUGGAGUUUCACUUGCGGAAGCUCCUGCCUUCGAAAAAGCUCCCGGUGGUGCACCUGCUAAUGUUGCUGUGUGCAUCUCAAAGUUAGGGGGUUCAUCUGCUUUUAUUGGAAAGGUUGGUGACGAUGAGUUCGGUCGUAUGUUGGCUGACAUUUUGAAGCAAAACAAUGUUGACAAUUCCGGCAUGCGGUUUGAUCAUGAUGCAAGGACUGCACUGGCCUUCAUUACACUCACAGCUGAAGGUGAGCGGGAGUUCGUGUUUUUCCGUAAUCCUAGUGCUGAUAUGCUUCUUCGGGAGUCAGAACUCGAUGUAGAUCUUAUUAAAAAGGCCACCAUCUUCCAUUAUGGUUCAAUUAGUUUGAUCGACGAACCUUGUAGGUCAACACACCUUGCUGCAAUGGACAUUGCCAAAAGAUCAGGUAGCAUACUGUCGUAUGAUCCAAACCUGAGAUUGCCUUUAUGGCCUUCAGAAGAUGCUGCUCGAAGUGGAAUAAUGAGUGUAUGGAACCUAGCAGAUAUUAUUAAGAUAAGUGAGGAUGAAAUUUCAUUCUUGACUGGAGCCGACGAUCCAAAUGAUGACGAGGUGGUGUUGAAGAGGCUUUUCCAUCCUAAUCUGAAGCUUUUGCUUGUAACUGAAGGUUCAGCUGGUUGCAGAUAUUACACCAAGGAAUUCAAGGGAAGAGUAAAUUCGAUUAAGGUAAAAGCUGUUGAUACAACUGGUGCUGGUGAUGCAUUUACUGGUGGAGUUCUCAAGUGUCUAGCUUCUGAUGCUAGUCUUUAUCAGGAUGAAAAGCGGUUAAGGGAGGCUAUCUUUUUUGCUAAUGUUUGUGCUGCCCUGACAGUGACAGGAAGAGGUGGAAUCCCUUCCCUUCCUACACAAGAUGCAGUUCGACAAACUCUUGCCGAGGUCACUGCAUGAGAAGGCAGAACAAAGUUUUGUUAUCUUCGCACUGUAUCUGCAUUAUUCUAGAUUUAUUUUCACAACGGUCGAUUUAUUUUGUUUUCGUCUCUGGCAUCUGCUGGUUGGUUCCUCUCUUUGGAAAGAAGUUGCAGCCAAAGAGACAAUUUAGGAGAUGCAGGAAAAAAUAGGGUAGCGCGUCUUCUGUCAGUCAUGCAAGGAAAUGCUGGAAAGCCUUUUUCGCUAAGUCAAAAUACAAGCUGUUAUGUCUCCGGUACAUAUCUGAUCCUUGUUACGGGUCCAUCAGAAGCCAAGAUAGUGAAGGUUAACAUUGGUUAUUGAGAUUUACUGCGUGUAGAGUUCAAGAACAAAAGUGUACAUGCAUUUAACGACUAUCCAGCUUUUGUUUGUUUAAUAUGUUUCCUUUUCAAGAACCUUUCUGUUUUUGUUUCCUUUAAAGCGUCUGUAUUAUAAGCUGGCUUCAUGCUGUCUUGAUUAGAAUCAGCAGAACAAAAAAUAUUACUUAUGCAGUUAUGUGGUUUGAUGUACUACUCAGAAAUCAGAAUAAUAUAAGUCUCAUACUGUUGAUCUCUUCCA